UCAACUCAUUAUUCCCAAAGGCACAUAUAAACAGUGGUUUCCAUAUUGAACUUCUCAAGCAGAAGAACUGCAGAGGGAAGAAAACCUAGUUUACAGGGCUGCCUUCUACUUCCACGUAGCCUAGCAACUGUUUCCCAGGUAACCACGCCGUCAACAACGCUAAGCAACCCCUAGAGAAUUAGAAGGGCUAUUUUAUUUUCUUCCCAAGAGAGGACUGCUAACAGGUCAAAGGGGAAUUAGGUGAAAGAGAGAAACCUUAGUUCCGUGAGAAGUCAAGAGUAGGAAAGGAAACGGGAAUCAGUGAAGAAAGGGACAGACAUACUGGUAUAGUGAGAAAAAAGUUGACCAUAUUUAAGGAGUCAUUUUGGUGGCCAUGGAUACAACUUGCUUUUCUGAGAGCAUUUAUAACCUCAUACCCAGUGACCGGAAGGAGCCUCCCCAGCCUCCUAGAACCACAAUGAACGCCAAGCAGGAAGAAGAAAAAGAAGGAGAAGGAGGAGGGGAAGAAGACCAUACCAAGGGACAUUACAAUCAAAUUUCUUAAAACCAGUAAUAAAGGGAAAAGUCUUAAAAACAGCCAAAGAUAAAAGAAACAUUAAAUGCAAAGAAGAUAGCAAAUAUCUCAUCAGAAACAAUGGAAUCCAGAUGUUAAAAAGUCCUUAAUGCACAAGAAAGGAUACAAGUUGGAAAUUUGGAUCUGCAUAAUGAAAUAAAGAACACUGGAAAUGGCAAAUACAUGGGUACGUAUCCAUUUUUAAGGCCUCUAUUAAAGAUAACACGCAAAAAUGUAAAGCUGCAAUGAAGACUAUGGGGCCACCAAAAGUUGAACUACCUUCUCCAAAGAAUUUCCUGAAGAAACAUUCAAUGGAAAAAACUCUACCACCCAAAAAAAAGUUUGAUCGGAAUGAGCCCAGAAAGCCUCCUGUGCCACUGAGAACUGAUCAUCCAGUCAUGGGAAUACGAAGCGAAAAAAAUUUUAUAAACACAAAUGCAGCCGAUGUCAUUCUGGGAGUGACUAAGAAGCCUAAACCAAUUUAUGUUGACAAAAAAACUGGAGAUAAGCAUGAUCUUGAAACUUCAGGACUAUUUCCAAAAUACAUCAAUAAAAAGGAUUACGGUGUCACACCUGAGUAUAUAUGUAAGCGAAAUGAGGAAGUAAAGAAAGCCCAAGAAGAAUAUGAUAACUAUAUCCAGGAAAACCUUAGGAAAGCAGCUAUGAAAAGGAUUUCUGAUGAAGAAAGGGAGGCAGUUCUUCAGGGGCUGAAGAAGAACUGGGAAGAGGUACAUAAGGAGUUCCAGUCCCUCUCUGUGUUCAUCGAUUCCAUACCGAAGAAGAUUCGCAAGCAGAAGCUGGAAGAAGAAAUGAAGCAGCUGGAACAUGACAUCGGUGUCAUUGAAAAGCACAGAAUUAUUUACAUUGCCAAUAAGUAAUAACAGAUUUCUAAAAUAGAGUCAUUUUCACAUAGGAAAAAGCCCGCUGGAAAACAUAAACAUGAAACUUUGCUUUUCAAAGAGGAAAAUACUCUGAAAGAGAAUAAAAAUAGUGUUUACCGAAAUGCUUAGGCAAUGUUUAAAGGAUAAUUGAAUUAUUCUACUUACAUGAGGGAAAAUUCUGUUUUUACCAGCGUUACGUUUUCUCAGCAUGAAGUUUGAUGUUGCGUGUUCCAACUUGUAGUAUAAUCCAUUAUUAUUAUGUACUUGUUUCACAUAAAUAUUAAUUUCUGGGCCCCAAAGAAUAAAGCCAGCACUAGGAACUUCCGAUUUUUUCUACACUGCACGAUACAAAGAACACAACAUUAAAAACUUAAGUAUUUUGAAUUGGAAAUAGUGGCAUAUGCUUUCUUGCUUCUCCAGUGUUCUUGGCAUAUUUUUUCAGAACCGCCCACGUUUAGCAGUGUAUAUUCUCGGAGAGCCUAUGUCAUUUCCAACCAUUCCCAACUGCAAAUAUUUUCAAUGUCUAUAAUGCUAUAUAUGCCGAAGGGCUUAUAUUUCAAGGAAGAAAAAUGAAGAAGGCAGCAUAAAAUCAAGAACACAAUUUACAAAAUGCAUCACUGAGGAUAAUCAAAGAGAAUAACUUUCUUCCAAGCAUACCAACUUUUAAAAACUUUGCUAUUCACUGUAAGUGCUUUACUCCAUAAUUCAUUAUAUGUGUUGCACUGAAAUGGGAUGUUGCUUUUUCUUUUUGGUCCUAUAUAUCUAUUUUUUGAAUUCUAAUGUUUCUAUUUGUAAGAUUAAUUUAUUAAGCAAUAAAUUUAUGUGAGUAGAGCGGUCUUCAACUCUAUGGCUAUAAGGAAAGUCUAAAAGGAAAAGAUUUUUUUUAUGAAACUUUAGAGAAAUUCAGUAAUACAUAUGAAAUAGAAAAUAUCAGAGAAUAACAACAUCUGCUACUAACACUGAUUUUCAUCUUAUGGAAAAUAGAAAAAAAAAUAUGGCAACCUUUUGAGACUUUUCCCAAACAGAAUUUGAGAGCAUGGUACAAAAGCUUACUUUAAAUAAAGUGGUUAUACACAAA